AUGACGGGCGAGCGGGUGCAGCUCCCGGACAUCGAGCCCUCGCUGCUCGAGAUUACGCGCACGCAGCAGCCGAAGCGGCCGCCGCCCCCGUCCAGCCUCGUAUUCGGUCACACCUUCACGGAUCACAUGCUGGCGGUGCCAUGGCACAUACAGGAGGGAUGGGGUGCGCCGAAGAUCCAGCCUUACGGACCGCUUGCCAUCGACCCGAGCGCGACCGUCUUCCACUAUGCGCAUUGUCUCUUUGAGGGCUUGAAGGCGUACCGGGAUACGAAUGGCAAGGUCACCCUGUUCCGCCCGGACAUGAACAUGAAGCGCAUGAACACGAGCGCCGAGCGCGUAGCGAUGCCCAACUUUAACGGGGAGGCUAUGGUGGAACUCCUAAAGCAGCUUGUCAGUCUGGAAAAGGGCUGGAUACCCGACCAGCCCGGCUACAGUCUUUACCUCCGUCCGACAAUGAUUGGUACGCAACCCGCACUGGGUAUCGCACCUCCAAAACAGGCCCUCCUGUUCGUCAUUUGCAGUCCCGUCGGCCCAUACUACCCACAAGGCUUCAAGCCCGUAGCGCUGUAUGGCACGACCGAGUUCACGCGUGCAUCCCCCGGUGGUAUUGGCGCAUACAAGCUUGGCGCAAACUACGCCGCGGGUGUCGCGGCACAGAAGGCUGCGGCUGAGAAGGGCUACGUGCAGAACCUAUGGCUGCACGGGCCCGAGCACUACAUCACUGAGGUUGGCACCAUGAAUGCAUUUGUCGUGUUCAAAAAGGCGGACGGAUCAUACGAGCUUGUGACGCCCCCGCUGGAUGGCCUCAUCCUGCCUGGUGUUACCCGCGACUCCGUGCUCGGGCUCGCAAGGGACCACCAGACAGGCAAGAUCAACGUACCCGAGCUUUCGGACAAGCUCGUUGUGUCUGAGCGCUCGGUAACGAUGGGAGAGGUGAAGGAGGCCUCCGAGAACGGCACCCUCGCCGAGGUAUUUGGCGCCGGUACAGCGGCGGUGAUCAGCCCUGUGGACCGGAUCGGUUACUUGGGCAAGGACGUGCACAUCCCGACGGGUCCGGACGGGAUGGGCCCGGUGUCGCGGCCGCUGUGGAAGUACCUGACGGGCAUCCAGACGGGCAAGAUCGCGCAUCCUUGGAGCGUCGUCGUAGACUAA